AUGUCGCAUGGGAGCACGUCCGAAAGUAGCUCCUCGUCUGCCCAUUCCAGCCGGCAGAUUGACGAAGAGGCUGCAACCGGCGGUUCGGCGGGCCGCAGGCGUAAACGUCACGUUCAAGACGUCAUCGAAGGUUCUGCACGUGUGGAGGGGAAACUUGACGCACCUCCGGCGCCAUCAUCGGACGACGACCCCAAUGAGGCUCUCCCCAGGCGUUACCCAGUGGACACCGAGAACGAGGAUGAUGCGAAAUCAGACAACGAGGCUGAGGCCGAUGCGGAAGAGGUGGACGCCGGCGCGGAACGUGCUCCGAAUGACACACCGGUCAUGCGGGAGGAGCUGCAGAGCAUGCAGGAGCUCCAUGAAGCCACGGCACGUGCGAAACCCUGGGAUGACGUCAACAAUAAGAGGAAGAGGCGUCGAAAGCGCGGAUCCGGCAACGGAAAGUGCCGCAAGGCGCGGCGGUCACGCUCCACAUCCGAGACGACGUCCGAGGAAGAGGAUGAGUUGGAAGAGGGAGAUGAUGGCCACGUUCGACACUCCACCUCUGCCAUUCUACAGGAGGCGCUCGAGCUCCUCCCAACCGACAAGGGGUGGAAGCUCUACCACAUGGAAUGGCUGGAGCACGUGGUUACAGAUGCUAUCAGGCACUGGGAGGUGCGCCAAGGUCGCUUCUCCAACUCCGCGGGCUCCAACGCGCAGAUCGUGGACGGCCUGCACGUCCUCGUCAAGGCUGCUGUUACUCGGGCCAUCGUGGAGUUCCGGUCCGAGUAUGACGCGGCGUCCCAGAGCUAG